AAAAAUAAUGCAGUAAGCCGUGUUUAUUUUAGAUCGUCAUUUCCGGGAAGAUAUCAGACGUAAACAUGAAAUGGCAAUGGCAGUGAUGGCUGGUUCUGGUGUUGAAGCAAAGUUAGACCCGAUCGAUCGAUUCGAGUGUCCUGUUUGUAAAGAGGUGUACAAAAACCCUUAUCACAUAUCAUGCGGCUAUAACCAUACGUAUUGCAAGGAGUGUAUUCUCCCAUACCAGUCCCGGGAUAAUGCCCAGUGUCCAAUAUGUGUGAGAUCAUUUGAUCCCCACGACAUAACGAGAGCUGUGGACCUAGAGCAUGAGAUGAGACAGACUCAACUUCCGUGUCAGUGGUGCGGACAGCCCUAUAAAGUUUAUCGUCUGAGGUCACAUAUAGCAAAUUGUAAACACAGAGAUGUUUCACUACCGAAGUUUAAACCAGUUGCUGAGACAUCUCAGAUGUAUCCAAUUGAUUUGCCUAACCGGUCCACAUUUAUCUGUCCUAUUUGCCAUUUUGAAAACCUAGACUGUUCUGAUUUAAUCAAACACUGCAAUGAGAAACACAGACAUGAGUCGGGCAGCUUUGUGUGCCCGGUCUGUGCCUCCAUGCCCUGGGGCGACCCCAACUACCGCAGCUCUGACAUAGUGCAUCACCUGAACAUAAGACACAGAUUUGAGUAUGAUACAUAUGUGGAUUUCAACCAGGAUGAAGAUGAAAUGUUAAAGCAAGCCCUCCAGGCUUCAAUAGAGCAAGCUUAAUAGAAACCUGAAUGGAAGCCUGAAGUGAUGCUAGUGUUUUUGGAUGCAGCACAGUCACAGAGAGAGAGAGAGAGAGAGAGAGAGAGAGAGAGCGAGAGAAAGAGAGAGAGAGAGAGAGAUGAAUUAGACACUAUGCAGUUGAUUUAGGGUGUUAGGUUUAUCAGACUGAGCCCAAAGAGCCAUUUUAGUGUGAGGUAUUUGUAGUAUUUGUGGUGAUUGAUACAUACCAUGUAUCUCCACCAAUUACUGCUGUUUUCCAUUAUUGUAAAGCUUAUAUAUUUAUCAAAACUAUGGUUUUCUUGAGUUAUUAUUCUCUUUAUAAUUAUUGAAUAAAUCAUUUGUUGCAAGUUG